AUGCAGAAAGUAUGUGCCAAAUCGGCGCAGCAGAAACAGGACGUCCAUCGCCUGGGUCCGCCUGCGUCUCAAGGAAGCAGAGAUCGCUUUUGGUCCGCGAUUAACCCCUAUCGACCACCUGGGGGUGCUCUACGUAGCCUCGCAACUAACCGGCUUGAGAUCGCUCAUAUGAGACUGCGUGAGCUUAGAGCGACAUUGGUUGAGUGUGUUGGCUAUCGGUUCUUCUCAUCGUCGUUACUAUUUGCUUUUGAUGCUGAUGCGGCAGAUUCUACUACGGAUGACGCGAUUCGACUACGGCUGAUAGACUUCGCCCACUCCACAUUCCCUGGAUUCGCGCAGGAUGUCGCCUACGAAGGAAUUGACGAGGGUUGUCUUCUCGGCAUCGACAAUAUCCUGGCCGCCAUCGACGUGGCGCCUUGCCACGCCCCCAUUAACCAAACUGUCGAUCCGGUCACUGCCCCUAAUUGA